UGAGCAGAGCGCUUUAUGUAACUGUAACACUUUAAAAACACGCAGGACAGCUCCGCUAAGCUACAAUGUGUUAGCUAGCUGGCAGACAAACAAACAACAGACGAACUGUUGUUGUCAUUUGGUGCAUUUUUAUUCCUCGGUGUCUCCAAAGCGAUAAGAACAGAGUGAAACUGCCAUGGUGGAGAAGAAACAGACUCAGGACAUUUAGUACCACUGGACAUUCCUCUAUGUUACACUUUAUUAAGCAGAUAAAUUAGCCUGCACACUACAUUUCUGUAUUUUUCAUCCUGUGUUCAUUUAAGUAAACAUGGCUGCUGCUUUGCUCAGAGGAAGAACGGGAUUAUGUAUAAGAUGUAUUCACAGGGAGUUGUGUAGAGUCGUAUGGAGGCCGCAGACUGCUCUGUUCAGCUCCAAACCAUCGGACAGAAAACUACCACGAAGAACACACAUCAAGAAAGCCAAACCCCAGCCCUCAGUCGAUGUUGCUAAACUCCUGGAGCAACUCUUCUCCCAAAAGAGACCAGGCACCACGUCCCCUGGUGCUGGUAAAGCUCAACAUGCCAAAGCCUCUCCCAUACCUUCCAAACCUCCUACAACCUCCUCAAUGAAGGUCUCCACCUCAAAUGUUUCUCAUUUGUCAAAGACAGAGCCAGAAGUCUCAGUCUUUCAGUGCUGCUUCUAGUGUUUCUAGUCUUCCCCCUCAACCAAAAUCAGCAUCUUCCACAAACCCAAAGACUUCAUUUACCUCAGAAACGCCUCAGCAGACACCUGGUGUUAUUCAGGACUGUUCUGCUGAUGGUGUUUCCAGUGUGACUGUUAAAACCUCAGCUCCUCCUACAACCAGCACAACUCUUGCAUCAUCAGGGUCAGAAGCAACUACAGCAGAGUGCCAAACUUUAGUCAACACAAGAGAAACCAAAGUAGAAACUGUUACAGAAGCAAAUGAACUCACAUCCACUCCUGCACUACCCUUAUCAGCCAACCUGGUAGAGAAAAAUGCAGAGAAAUCACCUGAUACAGCUGCUACAGUAGAACCUUUGAUAGAAACUACAACAGAACCAUCAGUAGAGGCCAGCCUUCCUGCCAUAGAAGCACUAGAAACUAGAGCUUCUGUUGUUCAAGGUCCAACAGAAUCUAUGGUAGAAGUUACAGAAUAUACAGCAGCUAAAAAAGUACAAACCAAAGGCACAGAUUCAGGAGGGGUUGAGACUUUAUACACUACCACAAUAGAACCCUCAAUAGAAACUACAAUAGAACUGUCAGCAGCAUAAGCACCAGCAUAACUCGUCAGGAAACAUUAGAAAGUAUAGCUGCUGUUUCUGAAGGUGCAGUAGAGCCUACAACAGAAGUUGAAGCAGAUAGAGAAGAGGUGAUCCAUGUCUCAUUUGGGGCCAACAAAGAACCUUUAAGAGAAACUACAAUUACAUCGGUAGUAGAGGCCAGUCUUCUUCCUGUAGAAGCAGUAGAAGCUGAGGUUUCUGUUGAAGGACCAGUAGAGCCAACAGUAGAUGCUCCAGCUGAAAAAGUGCUAGCCAAAAGCAUUGACUCAGGAGAGGUAAGCAUCUCAGUAGACCCAUCAGUAGAGGCCAGCAUUCCUCUUGUGGAAGCACUUGAAAUCAGAGCAUCUGUUGCUGAAGCAUCUACAAUGGAAGCUAAAGCAGAUACAACAGCUCAAGCAGUACAAACCAACAGCACAGACUCAGGAGUGGUUAAUGUCUCACAAACUGCAACAGUAGAACCCUUAUUAGAAAGUACAGUAGAGCCUACAAUAGAAACUGAAGGUGCUGACAAUCUGUCACAUGCUGCCUUAAUCCAAAAUACACCUGAAUCUGCAGUCUUACCUUUGAAAAGUGAAGUAGAAUCUAAAGUAGAAUCAUCUUUAGGAAAAAUCACUGUGGAAAAGGAUGUAAACGAAUCAGAACAAAUGACUUUAGAGUCUGUAACACUACAUCCUGCCAAGGAUUUCUUGGAGGCUUUGAAAACGGAUGAUCUCCUCAAAACAAAAUUUAUUCUCGAUGAAAAAGCAGAAAAACAGCUCCAGGAGUUGUUAGUCCAGACAGGGAUGGGAGCCGAACACAAAGCCUCACCUGAGGCUGAGAAUUCAAGUGAAGAUGAGAGUGAAAUUUUAACUAAGGUUCUUUCAAAAUGGGAGUCUCUGUCUGAAGAUCUUCAAGAGUUAGAGGAAGAAACUGGCACAUUGGUGAAAGAGCUUCUCUGUCAUGUUCCUGCAGUGCUUUCCAAAUCCCCCAGCACGAUAAAAGCAAGUUCAGCCUCUAAUCAACUUGUGAGAGCAAAUGGAGAGUCUUUGCAAAUGCAGGAGAAGGCAAAUGAAGAAGACAUGACGCUGGAAUCAGUAACUUUAGCAGAAGUAAAGGCUCAAUUUGGAAGUCUUGAAACUGAAGUACUGCAAGAGACAAGUGAUGCGCUUGAGAAAGAAGCUGAUGUAUUAGCAAAAGAGGAGAAGAUUGAAGUUGAGACAGCAAUAGAGGAUGCUGUUUUUGAGGACACAACAGAGGCUAAAAUUUUAACUCUAGACUCUAUCUCUGAAGCAAUUGAUGCAAUAGAAGCUGAGACAUCUGUUAUAUUAGAAGCCAUACUUGGCUCUGAGCAAGGACUGAGGCAGCCACCCGACACCUUACCUCUGAAACUGGUACCACAGAGUGAAAUGAUUUGUCAGGAAGCAGAAAAAGAGUCUGGAAAGCAGGAUGAAAAUGUGUUGGAGGCCAUGUCUCUUGAGGCUGUGACACUGGCUGAAGUUGAGGCCUCUUUGGGAACUCUGGAGAACAAGCCUCUGAGUGAAACCACUGCUUAUCUGGAGAAUGAAGCUGAAAUUCUUGCUGGGGAGAGGAGGAUGGAGGUAGAGGAAGGAACAGUGUCUGAAGAGACAAUUGAGGCUCUGGAUGUUGAGUCUCUAUCUCUGCCUGAAGCUGAUGGUCUGUCUGAAGAUCUGCAGACAGAUGCACUGAUGGAGGAGCUGCUCUUUACCAUUCCUGGGCACGUAGCAGGUGUAAGAGAAGCUCAGAUUAGUCAGGAGGGUGUAGGAACAAGUAAUUUAGAUGCACCGGUUGUGAUAGGAUCAGCUGCAGUUGAUACAGCAGCUGCGGAAACAGAUGAUUUUCCAGCUUCUCUUGCUCCAAAGGAGGUGCUGCUGGGACAGGAGAUGGUGGAUAAGGGAGAACAGACUGAAACCUUGAGGACUGAAGAUGACGCAGGGACACACACAGACUUGGAUCCAGUCCAGAGACUCUUCCUGGAGAAGAUCAGAGAAUAUGACAACAUGCGCAGCAUGAGUGGAGGACCAGUGGGGGUGGAGCCAGAUUACGAGAGGCUCCUGUCAGAGGAGACAGCCAAGCUCCAGAGACUUUAUGGAGGAGGAGACCUGAGCAGCUUCCCUCAGUUCACCUUCACCGAGCCAAAAAUGGAUGAGGACACCAAAUGAUCCAUGAAUGUUACCUCUGACUCUUUAUGCUCUUCAUCAGCCUCUUCUCCUCUCCUUUGACUUCUCAACUUUUGACUUCCUCCUCCAUUACCUCCUCAUUUCAGCAUGGGGAGAGAAGAGGAAGCAUAUAGUUUGUUUGGGUGAUCUGCUGGUAAAAUAAGAGAAGAUGUAUUCCUGGUUGUUUGUUUGUACUGUGCAAUAAUGGUAGACACCAUUUUAUUUUAUUAAAGCAGCAUUUUCAAAAGA